AGAGGUGUCCAAUCAAGGCUGAUCACAUGGCACUGAUGAUCAGUGCCCUGAUGAUCAGUGUAGCCCCUUCAGUGCCACCUGUAAGUGUCCAGCAAUGCCACCUGUCAGUGCCCAUCAAUGCCACCUGCCAGCGCCCUUCAGUGUCACAUCAAUGCCACAUAUCAGUGCCUACCCAUGCACAUUAGUGACACAUUUCAGUGCCCAUCUGAGCUGCCAUUCAAUGCCAACUAUCACUGCCAGUCAGUGCCACCUAUCAGUGCCAGUCAGUGCCACCUAUUAGCCUUAUUACCACACAUCAGU